AUGCGUCUUGUAUUAUCAAUUCUUUGUGCAAUAGCGGUGGCAGAAGCAGUUCUAAAUACGGGUCUUCAGUUGAAAAUCGACGAACUUUUCGAUACGCCAGGUAGAAGAUUUCAGGGUUUUCAAGCAUUUUCCGUUCUUUUUCAGGUCACACAAAUAAUUGGGCGGUGCUCGUGUGCACCUCCAAAUUCUGGUUCAAUUAUCGCCACGUUUCCAAUGUUUUGGCUCUUUAUCACUCGCUGAAAAGACUCGGAAUUCCCGACAGGUUUUUAUCGAUUUUUUUUUGCGAAAAAAAUGGGUAAAAUCUUGCAGUAAUAUAAUAAUGAUGCUGGCCGAGGAUGUGCCGUGCAAUUCGCGAAAUCCGCGGCCCGGAACCGUUUACGCCGCCCGUGCUGGCGCCAAUUUGUACGGAUCCGACGUGGAAGUCGACUAUCGCGGGGAAGAAGUCAAUGUGAGUCAAAUUGCACAGUUCUUGCAAUUUUUACUGGAAAAAAUGAUCAAAAAAUUAUAAAAUCGAUUUUUUGAACUGAAAGAUGAACAGCCUAGCGGUUUUUCUCGGGGGCAAUUUUCGCUUUUUCAGGUGGAAAACUUCAUCCGAAUUCUGACGGGCCGUCACCAUCCGGCCACUCCUCGAUCCAAAAGACUUUUGACCGAUCAUCAGAGCAACGUUUUGGUAAGAAAAUCCAUCGAAUUUGAAAAUAUCUAUUUUUUGCAGGUGUACCUGACGGGCCACGGCGGCGACAGUUUCAUGAAAUUUCAGGACUCGGAAGAGCUGACGAACGUCGAUUUGGCCUACGCCAUUCAGACAAUGUUCGAGGACAAUCGGUACGGUCCGAGAAAAAUAAAUUUAAAACACAACAUGUGAACUUGAUCUCCACUUUUAUUUUGAAAAAACAAGCCUCAGGGAUGGCUACGGGCAUUGCUGCGCUCGCAUGUCUACUCGCUCGGCUAACAGGUGAUUCGCGAUCAGUCUAUUGAGAACGUAGGCCCAUGGUAUGCAUAUCAUAUCCUAUUAACCCUGAAAAGUGCUCGUGAUCGGUCUAUCAUGUGUCUAUUGAAUAACCGGCUUCGAGUUCUGAUUAGACCCACCACGAAUCACCGAAAUCACCCGAAAAAAGCGUUCUUUUCCAAUCUUCAAUAUUGUCAGUGAUAUUGUAGAUACCACGAGAUGCUGGUGAUCGCAGACAGCUGCCGGAGUGCAUCCAUGUACGAAUGGAUCGAUUCUCCGAACGUGCUGAGUCUUUCGAGCAGUCUCACUCACGAGGAGAGCUAUUCCUACGACGUUGACACCGAUAUCGGCGUCUACGUUAUCGAUCGGUACGGGUUUUCAAACAAACGUUGAAACUUGUUUUCUGUUUCACAAGUUUUUUAAAGGAAUCGCUCAAAGUUUUCGUGAGAGUGUGUUCAACGUCGAAUCAGAAAUAAAAUAAAUGAAUAGGAACUUUUUUUGCAGUUACACGCACUACACGGUCAAUUUCUUGUCGAAAGAGGUCAAAUCGUUGAAUUCGUCGGCCAACAUGCAGGAUUAUAUCGAUUCGUGUCCCGCCAGAAAAUGCCUUUCCAACACUGGUACGCUUCAGUUUGGGGCGCGAAAUUUUCGUCAAAAAUGCUCCAAAUUUUGCACGAUUUCGACGAUGUACACGCAUAAAUCGCUGAAAUUAUUCAUUGCCCACAUUUUGGGCUCAAAACGAGCAAAUUUCAUUCGGAAAUGAAAAAAUUGAAUCGAUUUCGAGUUUAAUGCUAAAAAUGCUCGAAUUUCAGUCAUUUCUUAAGAAUUCCAGGCGUCCGAAAAGACCAUUAUCCGAAGGAAGUGAAGCGAGUGCGAGUCACGGAUUUCUUCGGUUCCGCCCGUAUUUUCCAGCAUCUCAGCGAGGAAAUCGUACUCGACGACGAAUUUUGGGCCUAA